UCCAAACCACACCUUCCUCCCUCUUAAUCUCAAAAUCGAGGAAUUAAUUAAACCCCCGGCCCAUUAAUAACAAUGCUUCCCCACAUGGCUUCUACUUCUUCCGCAACAAACUCUCCCCUCGCCUCUUUCACCGUCGAUUCUCCCAGCUUCCGACAACUCCGCCGCGACGCGGCCGCCCCACGCCGCCGGUCUCUCACUGUCAGGGCCCACAGCAGAUUCCCGGACCAAGGGUCGAGCGACGCCGUGGACGCGAAUCUGGGCGUGCUGAGGGACAGGAUCGAGGCGGUGCAGAUCAAGGAGCGGCUUGAGCUGACGUGUUCCGCCGUUCUCCGGUCGACGUCGUUGCGAAUGAUGACGAGGUCGCCUCCGCCGCCGCCGCAGUCCACGUCGGCGACCUGCAGCCGUGUCGAGCAAGGACGUAAUGAUAAUGAUAAUAAGAAUUACGGGUGGAAUUACGGUGGUGAUGAACAGCUCGUCAUGAAAUCGCGGCGGCGGUCGGAGAAGGCGGGGACGUUUGAAUUGGUCUACCAGGUUUUCCGGCUGGCGGCGUUGGUUUCGUCCACCGUCGGAGUGACCUGCCUCUCCGGCACUUGUCUGCUUUACCUCGUCUCCAUCUUCACUCAUCAUUUCGGCCAUUAUUAAAUAUCAGUACCUCAUUUUUUUACUUCGUUCCUUCUGCAACACUUUUUUUUUUCCUGAACAUUUUUUCAACCCUUUUACUAUUUAUUGUUAAUUAAGUAGUUAACUGUAAUUGCGUAGGUUUGCUGUAUUUUUCGGGUUAGAAAGGAAAAAAAGACAAAAAAAAAAAAUCGAUGGAGAUUUGCUGUAUUUUUCGUUUCCUUCUGCGGCAAGACUGUUUAUUACUAAGUUGCUGGAAUGAUUUGUAGAGGUACGUACUAGCUGGAUAUUAUUUAUUUAUUAAUUAAUUAAUUAAGAUUCAUUAUUGAGGAAGAAUAAUCCGGUUUCACAUUCAUCUUAUAGAAAUGAAUGGGUUGGACACUCGUUUAUGUGGAUGGAAGAACUAAGAGAAAAUGCAGACGACAUCGAUUUUUUUGUAAGCGAACGGAUUGUAUUAAAUAAUUAAGAACAACAACACAAGAAAGUAUCGAUGCACUGUAUCGCUGAGAGAAUACAACUAUCCACAAUAGUUGUUGAAACAUCAUGUAUGUGAUUGCCAUAAUCACUUCUUUGAUUACACAUUAGGCUACAUAUACAAAACCAAUUCCUCUGCAUUAAUCACCAUGAAGCAGCAUGUAUGUGAUUUCACAAUCAAAUAAAGGUUAAAGGGAUCAUUGAAUGAAAUUAUGCCUCUUGUUUUCAGUAUAUACUUGGAUAUGAUAAUAUCAUUGCAUCACUAAUUCACUAUUAUUUAUUUUUUUUAAUCUUUUUCAGUUUUCACGGCCAACUGUGUGGCUAGUGGCUACAUUGAGAUCAAUGUAUAUAAUUUCUUUUAUUUGCACAUGAUCCUAGGUAAAAUACAAUAUAUAUAAUCAAUUAUUGAUGGCAAUACUUUAGCGUCCGCUACACGUAAGUUUUUAAAUAUAAUAAUAAUACUUAACUGUUUCUUACUGCAUCAUCAGUUAUAAUGACUCGCCUGAUAAAGAACACGAAAGGGCAGAAGAGAAAACCAAAUUUCCAGCAAGGUCAAAGUAGCUUGGCCUGGGCCACAGAAUAUUUGCUGAGGGAGGUGAAAACUCCAGAUCUGCAAAAUCUGGAAAAAAAGACUAUAAUAAUGUUAUGUUGCCAUCUAAUGAAGAUUUGAUGAUCAGAAACUAAUACAAGUAUAACGAAGGGUGGUUUGAUAAUAUUUGCUUACGUAACUCUGUCCUCUAUUUUAAUUGGCUUAUAACCCGGCCUGUUGGCCGGAAUAUUCAUAUUUUAUUAUUUAUAUUUUCAUGUUACGUUUAAUUCUAUCAACCUGUUUAAUUUUAUUAACAAUCCUUCCAUCGAAAUGAUACAUAAAAAGAAAAAAAUAUAUAGAUCGAAUAUUUUGAGAAAUAUAAAAAUAUAUCAUUGAUCUCAUUUUCAAAAUGAUAAUUAAGUCCCCAGUAAAAUGUUAUUGGUUAGUUGAUUGUCAAGAAAGAUAGAGUAAAAAAGUUCACUGAAAAAUUUCCUCACGAAUCAUAGAUAGUUUGAAACUAAGGCCAUGUUUGGAGGAUGUGAUUUUCAUUGAUGUAUUUAAUCAAUACAUGAAAUCAUG